AUGGCUGGUGACAACGUUAACAACAAUUCCGAUACUGAUCAUGAUGGUACUAUUCCCCGUGAUGAGGUGGAUCCUCCUGUGGUGAACACUAAUGCACCUUCGGCUACUUUGAGUACUAAUAAUGAUGCUAUGAUCAGCGUGCCUAGUAUAGGUCCAUCGGCACAGACUGGUGCGACGACAUCAACAUCAACGACUAAUAACUCUAGCGCCAUGCCUAACAUCCAGACGACCUCUUCAACAAGCUCUCCGGUUGUGGUAUCUACGGCUUCUAGUGAGUCUAUUCUUCCUGUUAGGACGAAGCGACUCUUUGUGCCCGUUCCUGAGAAGUUUGCUAAUAAGCCAACGGACAAUAUACGUGAUUGGUUCGAAGCUUAUGAGCUCUAUACCUACGGUAAUCUCUAUGAUGAUCGUGCUCGUGCCCGUUUCCUGGGUGCAUUCCUUACUGGUGACUCUGCUAAUGUUUGGAAGACUCAGUGCUCUAAGGUUAAUUACGAAGCUGACAACGCAAUUCUCAUUAAGACUUUUGAGAAGUGUCGACUGCCUGAUGAAGCUUGGAGUCGGUUUGAUAACUACCAGUGGGAUCGCAUCCAACCAUUGUCGGUUUAUGCAGCUGCCCUGUCACGAUACUUGAACGAGUACAACGACUUGCUGAAGCCUGAUUGUCGACUUUCGCUACCUGCCAGAGAGACUCUUUUGGUUGAGAAGUUAUCUAAGUUGGCUACAGGCGCGGCGAAGGCUGAGAUUCGUCGAGCCCGUCCUCGGAGUGCUGCCGAUGUUUGUGACCUUUUGGGUGCCUACGUUGACAACAGCGAUCAGACUGGUAUUAAUGCUGUCCGUUCUAUAGAACCUAAGCUAGAUGCCAGUAUCGAGAUGUUAUCCAAGCUACUUGGUGCCUUUGAGGGUGCCCAGUCGCGACAAGUUGAGCAGUUUGAUCGACUUUGCGCCGUUUUGGGUAAUCCACAGCCAAAAGGCCAACCUAAUAGACAAGCAGUACAAAAUGGCCAACAACGACGACGAGGUGUUCGUAGAUGUGGUAUUUGUUCUGGCCCUCAUCUAACUCUGGAGUGCUUCCACAAGAAGUUUACGGUUGGUUGUGCUAUUUGUGGGAACACUGAGCACUUCGCUCGGCAGUUCGCCCCCUCCGCCGGGAAACUAAUUCGACGACCGGAUUGCGGCUCCCGGUCGUCGGCACCGAUAUCCUUCUGUACUUUUGGCGAGUCUAAUGGUCCUUUUAUUUUUGCCCGUGUAAAUGCUGGAGAUGCCCGUUCUCCGGUUAUCAGGGCUCUGAUUGACUCUGGUGCUCGUAUUACGGUUGUUCCUAAAAGGAAUCUACCUAAGGAUCCCGGCAAUCCUAUUCUGCUAUUAGGCUCUGCCAUUGUAAGAUUAACGUUGUAUGAUUCGCCUAAUGUUUAUGUGGUAGAAGAUUUAAUUUGUGAUAUGUUGUUGGGCUUCGACUUCCUUUGGCAUUAUGGGUUGUCCUUACAAAUGGUCGAAGGUUAUGUCCGUUUGGUUGGUACUCGUGACCCUCUGUUGGGUCGGUAUCGUGAACCUCUACCGGAACCUGAUGCAAGGAGUGUGAGUGUGUCGCUGCCCUUCGCCUUGCUUGGAACUACUGGUUCUGCGGGUGUACAACCCGUUCUUCCGACUAUCUGCUCUAGGGAAGCACUUGGUGUAUGUACUCGUAAUGUUUCUACCCAGACUACUGGUAUGAUCGAUGAGUCUGUUCAGACGGUACCGUUCAAAUCUAGCACAAGUUCUUUGGAGACUGUCCCCAAGAACCCUGUCCGUUGUGCUAGGACUUGUGAAAGUCCGCCUGACGUUGUGAUUGGCAAUGGAGCUAGCUCUCUAUACUCUCUUUGCCGAUACUCUGAUGAUGGUACCUUUACUCUCACCUUAGUUUUGCGUAGGGUUUUCGCUGACGCUGGGGCUCCUAUCUGUUUGCUGCAACCCCCUGAUCCGUAUGAAUUUUAUGAUGACCCUAAGAAGGGCGGACAUACUGGUUUUGAACAAUGGCCUGCAGGAGACCAAUAG